GCUGAUAUUGACACACUAUGUGUAGCACCAAGGCAUGUUGAUCGGCAAGACUUUUUUGGGUCAUUCUAUGAAAUGCUCAAAGAGGAUGAAAAUGUCACUGAUCUGCAUGCAGUAGAAGAUGCUUUCGUCCCUGUCAUCAAGCUUAAAUAUGCCGGAAUCGAGCUUGAUAUUCUAUUUGCAAGAUUAGCAUUGAAAGUAAGCGUUUUUCAAUAA